ACCCUCAAAGCCUUUUUGCCUGACAUGAUGACCAGCACUCGGGGUACUACCGGCACAGACACCCCCAACAAGGGUUACGGACAUCUGGUGAGCGUGGCGUCGGUGGCCGGCCUGUCGGGCAGCGUACGACUGGCCGACUACUGUGCCUCCAAGUUCGCGGCCGUAGGGCUCGAGGAGUCCCUGCGCCUGGAGCUCCAGUGCGACGGCUACACCGGCAUCCGGUCCACCGUUGUCUGUCCCUACUUUAUCAACACCGGUAUGUUUGCCGGAGUUAGUUCCAGUAUAAUACCGAUUAUGGAGCCGACAUGGGUGGCCGACGAGAUCAUGGCUGCUAUACUUACCAAUCAGGAGGUGCUCGUUAUACCCAAGCUUUUCUAUACACUAGUGGCCCUUAAAUCGUACGUAUAUUUCUGA